UUCCUCUAUUGGUUGCACUGUCUCUCCUUUGUCUUUUUCUCUUCACCCCCACCAAAAUCCGCCCUUUCAUUUCUAGAGCCGCACAGAAAACCCUCUCUCUCUCUCUCUCUCCAUCUCUCUGAUCUCUCGCGCAACGUACACACUUAUCAAGAACGACCUAAUCCCCAACCCCUUAGGGGGGGUCCCUAGGAUCCAAUCUUCGUUUAUCCAUUCCUCACUCUCCGGUCAACCCCUCCCACCUUCAAUUGAUCGCAGCUGUUUUCUAUGUUAUUCUGCUCGAUUUCGAGGUGAGAAUGGAUGAGAGGAAAUCGAAGAAACUGAACGGUUGUAGUAGCAGCAGCAGCAGUAGUAGUUGGAGCCGUGCGAAUAAUGGUGGCAUUAGCACUAGUGGGUCGUACGACACCGUAUGGGAGUGCGUGAUCCCGUACGUGCAGGACCCGAGGGACCGGGACGCUGUGUCACUGGUGUGCAAGAGGUGGUACGAUAUCGAUGCCAUCACGCGGAAGCACGUGACUAUGGCGCUGUGCUACACCGCCACUCCGCAGCGGUUGUCGCGGAGGUUCCCACAUCUGGAGUCGCUAAAGCUUAAGGGCAAGCCACGCGCCGCCAUGUUUAAUCUGAUUCCUGAAGACUGGGGCGGGUAUGUGACACCGUGGGUGGAGGAAAUCGUCAGGUCUUUUGGGAGAAUGAAGGUGCUGCACUUCCGGAGGAUGAUUGUGAAGGAUUCGGAUCUCGUGUUGCUGGCAACGUCUUUUAGGAAGGUACUGGAAGUCUUGAGGCUGGAUAAGUGUUCGGGUUUCUCUACUGAUGGGCUUUUGCAGAUAGGACGCUUGUGCAGGAAUUUGAAAAUUUUGUUCAUGGAAGAGAGCUCGAUAAUGGAGAAUGACGGAGAAUGGCUGCAUGAGCUUGCUUUGAACAACACAGUUCUUGAAAGUUUGAACUUUUACAUGACUGAUCUCACGAAAGUCAGAUCUAGAGACCUUGAACUGAUAGCAAGAAGAUGCCCAUCUUUGACCUCAAUGAAAAUUAGUGAUUGUGAUAUUUCAGACCUCAUUGGUUUUUUCAGAGCUGCAUCUUCAUUGGAAGAGUUCGGUGGGGGCUCUUUUAGUGAGCCCCCUGGACAGGUUGGUGAAGGUGUCUUUAAUGAACAGUUGGAAAGGUAUGCUGCUGUUGUAUUCCCACCAAAAUUGUGCCGCUUGUGUCUGACUUACCUGGGAAAAGCAGAAAUGCCCAUUGUCUAUCCUGUUGCUUCCAAGCUUAGAAAAUUGGAUCUCCUCUAUGCGCUGCUGGACACAGAAGCCCAUUGUGUGUUAUUACAAAGAUGUCCUAACUUGGAAGUUCUUGAGACAAGAAAUGUUAUUGGAGAUAGAGGAUUGGAAGUUCUUGCUCAAUACUGCAAGAGAAUGAAAAGACUUAGGAUAGAGCGUGGAGCUGAUGAGCAAGACAUGGAAGACGUAGAAGGUGUGGUCUCACAGAGAGGAUUAAUUGCUUUGGCUCAAGGAUGCCUUGAGCUGGAAUACUUGGCUGUCUAUGUGUCUGAUAUUACAAAUGCGUCCUUGGAAUGUAUGGGCACUUACUCAAAAAACCUAUGCGACUUUCGGUUGGUCUUACUCGACAGAGAGGAAAGAAUCACAGAUUUGCCACUUGACAAUGGCGUUCGAUCUCUUUUAAUGGGUUGCCAUAAACUUAGGAGGUUUGCUCUGUAUCUCCGGCCCGGAGGCCUCACUGAUGUGGGUCUCAGUUACAUAGGGCGGUAUAGCCCAAAUGUAAGAUGGAUGCUUCUUGGGUAUGUUGGCGAGUCUGAUGAAGGCCUUCUGGAGUUCUCAAGAGGGUGCCCUAGCUUGCAAAAGCUAGAAAUGAGAGGCUGCUGUUUCAGUGAACGUGCACUGGCCAUGGCUGCUCUGCGGUUGACUGCACUAAGGUAUUUGUGGGUUCAAGGAUAUAGGGCAUCCGGGAAUGGUCGAGAUCUCUUAAUUAUGGUGCGACCAAACUGGAAUAUCGAGUUGAUACCUGCAAGACAAGUUUGUGUUGAGGACCAGGAUGGUGGACAAAUAAUUGUUGAGCAUCCAGCCCACAUUCUAGCAUAUUAUUCACUUGCAGGGCAAAGAACAGAUUUUCCGCCUACCGUCAGGCCUUUGGACCCAAACAUUCUUAUUUAACUGAUAAAACUGUAUAUAACCUUUUGUUGUUGUUGUUGCAUACUCUUGUUUAGGUGCCUUGUUCAUAAGUAUUAACACGUUGCCGUCUUUUCCUCUUCAUUUCCAUCAGGUCUUGGUGAGAGCCUCUUCCACAGUUUGACACUAGUCUUGGUUUUGUAUCUAGAGAUUUUCAUGUAAUGAGUUUUGUACUUUUUUUGUUCUAUGAGAAGCUACUCUUGCUAUGGUACUUUACCGACGGGACGAAUAACCUUCAUUAUUUGCAGUAUUCUCAAUUCAUGUAGCUCAAGCAGAAUGUUACCGACUUACUCUUAACUGUAAAUACCUCAUUGAGUGGCUUUCUGUUCCUAUAUUGAUCAUUUUCGUU